UGGGGUUUGAAUCGGCCGUCGGUUGGCGCGCGGUGCUGCGGCCCGGCCCGGUUCGGUCGGGUCCGAGCGAAGAACUCAGGAUGAGCAAAACGAAUAAUUUUGAUGUUCAAAGCACAAAAAUCUGUGUUCUCUGUGGACGAACAGACGACUGCACUGAAAAGUAUGGAGAAAAAAGGACCUAUGUGGAGUACAAUCUCACUGUUCAUUAUUACUGUUUGUUAAUGUCAAGUGGCAUUUGGCAGAGGGGUGAAGAAGAUGAAGGUGUAGAUGGAUUUUUGAUCACAGAUAUUAGGAAAGAAGUAAAAAGAGCUGCAAAACUGAAAUGUAAUAUCUGUAAGAAAAAGGGAGCUUCAAUUGGAUGUGUAGCUCCUAAAUGCAAACGAAGUUACCAUUUUCCUUGUGGGAUACAAAGGGAAUGCAUUUUCCAGUUUAUGGAAGACUUCAGAUCUUACUGUUGGGAACAUAGACCAGUCCAAGAGUUUAUGGAUAAAGAACCUAGAGGAGCUUCACAGUGCACAAUAUGCCUGGAUUUGGUUGAUCAUCUUCCAGUGUACACUGUAUUGAAAAGUCCUUGCUGUAAAAAUGCUUGGUUUCAUCGAGAAUGCUUGCAGUAUCAAGCUUUGAGUGCUGGGAUAUUUUUCUUUAGGUGCACAGUGUGUAAUAACAAGGACAAAUUUCAAAAAGAAAUGUUGAGAAUGGGCAUACACAUUCCAGAAAGGGAUGCAUCUUGGGAACUUGAAGAAAAUGCAUAUCAAGACUUACUGCAUUGUUAUCAACACUGUGAUGUUAAAAGGUGUCUCUGCAAGAAAGGAAGAGACUAUAAUGAACCUGAUAGUAAAUGGGAAAUUCAGCGUUGCCAGUACUGCGGUUCUCGUGGGACUCAUUUGGCCUGUUCAUCUCUGAAGUCGUGGGAGCAAAACUGGGAGUGCAUGGAAUGCAGAAGUAUCUUUGCAAAAUCAGGGAAGUAUAGCAAACGGAAAAAGCGUGCUUCGUCUGCUUCUACAAAUUCAAAUGGAACACCUUGUUUGCUGGACGAGCCACCCCCAAAGUCCCCUCGGCAGUCAUCUGGAUCUCCACGCAGUUUUCUACUCCAAUCGCCAAAGAUGAUGUGCCAGAACUUGUCACCUUGCUCACACCUAGAGCAGCCAGCAUCCAACAGAGUGACGGUGUCCCCAUCUCCAGUGAUGUCAAACUGGAACUGGUCCCUGAGGCACAAGUAUUUAAGUCAGCAAAGAAAGGAAGUCUGUAAUAUACUGAAGGAGUUAAAGUUACAAGUUCAAACAAAAACAACAAGACUUAACAUCAAUGCAGAAAAUAUUUGGAGUAGUGCUUUAAAAGGAUUUAGACAGCGCAUCUUCAGUCCUACAAACACUAUUGAAGUAAAUUUCUCAAACUGCAAAAAUAGAUCGAAGACAAAUACUACUUCUGCAUCAAAACACCAUUUCUUCCAAGUAUUAAUGCUUCACCUUCAGAAUUCAUCAUUGUUUGAGGGCUCCUUUGGAAAGAACUUGUCCCUUGAUUUUCAAGCUUUAAAAGAAAAUCUUUAUUUUGAAGCUGGUAAAAUGAUCGCCGUUUCUCUGGUUCAUGGUGGUCCACCUCCUGGUUUCUUUUCCAAAACACUGUUCAAAUGUCUUGUCUAUGGUCCAGAGAAUGUGAAGCCAGUUUUGGAAGAUGUUGCUGAUGCUGAUGUAGCACAAACAAUAAAAACGAUAAAAUUUGCAAAUAGUCUGUCCAGCCUACAGUCUACACUACAAGACUGCUGUGAAUUCCUCACUGCUGCUGGCUGUUUAAGACCUGUAACAACUUUGUGUGAUAAGAACAUGCUGGUGAAUGACAUACUGAUCUAUCAUGUAAUCAAGAGAAUUACUUUGCCCCUAGAAAGUUUUAGGCAGGGUUUGAAAACGCUUGGUGUUCUGGAGAAAAUGCAAAUGCACCCAGGUGUGUUCUCUAGCAUAUUCUGCUAUAGACCUGAAAGACUUUCAGCGGAAACUGUCUACAAUCUCUUUACAAUCCAUUCCUCAUCAGAUGUAAAUAAAGUUGAAGGUGCUGAUUUUUGGAUGGGCUAUUUGCAAGAUGUGGAAAGUGGUGACUCUGUAGUGACAUUGGAGGAUAUUCUGCUCUUUGUAACAGGCUCCUCUUAUAUACCAGCCAUUGGUUUUGAUCCUGAACCUACUAUUAAAUUUUUACAUAUCAGGUAUCCCAAUGGAAACAGACGUCUUAAUUGCUUAGAGCUUCCUAGAACAAAGACGUAUCAGCAGUUCAAAAAUAAAAUGGAGCUCACCAUCAGAAACACACUAAGAGUUGAAAGGGAGUAAGUAUUUUUGCUAUUAAACUGAACAUUGGAAACUUGAGUUUUCUGCAGGAACAUCUUCUUUCAGUUUGCUACUAUAUUUUUGGACGUGCUUUUAGUAUUUUCUGACCUUUCCUCCAAAAUUAUGCUAAAAGUUGUUAUGAGGUGGAAAACAAUUUUCAAAUUAAAAAAAGCCUUUAUCUCCUGAAUAGUUUUCUUCUUGAAGUUGACCUUCAGAGUCCUGCAUCUCUUGCAGAAGUAGUUUAAAUGUCAGCUUUUGCUGUAGACAGGUAUGAAAAACACACUCUGUAACAGGUAAGUAUGUGGAUUGUAUCAAAUACUUAGGUAACUUAUUUGUCAAAAACAAACCAAGUACAUUUUGAAGAUAAUUGCUGUAGAGCAUUGUCUUGCAUAAAACCGUGAUGCAGUUCUUCAGUUCUAUAUAUAGUUUUUCAGUAAUUGUUUUGUAUUGAUUCAUUUAUGUUCUUAUGGUUCAUAAAAACCUAGGAAAAUUAAAAUAAUUGUAGUUUUAUGGUCCUUGUGGCUAGUGCACUGAAGAUCUGGAGAAAACAGCUAAAAUAAUACAGUGUAAGAACAAAAUUUGAUUGAACUUGUGUCUCUGUUUUUAAACAAGAUCUUUGACAUUUGCACAUUUCUGCAUUCUGCUGUCAUACAUUAAUUUUUAAUUACUCAUAGGGCCAAAAUAGUAAAAACCAGAAUGAAAUCUUGAACAUGCAGCAAUACCUGGUCUUUCAAAGUGAAAUUUAGGAGUUAGACUUAAUGUUUUAAAGUAUGAAAGAACAAAAGUUUGUUGCUCAUUAGAGCAUAUAAACUUGUCCUCCAUUUAAGUAUUUUCAUUCAACCAUGCACUAAAACUCUUUGUUAAACUAAAGGCAGUCUACCAUCAAGUUUGUCUGGGCCUGAUUCUUUUCUAGCUUUUAUUCUAAAUUCUUCCAGUUCAGUCAUAGGCACAUUCUGAGCACUGUAUAAAAUAUAUUUCAGUGCUGCAGGAAUUUGUGCAAAUAGCUGGGCCAUUAAGCUGUAAAAUAUAAGUCGUGAAAUUCCUAUACAGCAAUACUUUAAUGUGACUAGUGCUAAAACUAUGACAUUGAAAGGACCUUUAAAUACAUUAUUUUUAAAUGUAUGCUGCUCUCUGUUUUGAAAUUAUACUAUUUCCCUCUGUUUUGACUGCCUGUGCUAUACGUCCUUAACAUAAGCUGUGCUAUACAUGUAAUAUAGAUAUAUAUGUAUCUGUAUGUGUCUAUGUGUAUGCACAUUAUUCAAAAUACUGGAAAAUAAUUAUAUACUUUUUUAUUAAUAUAGCUUGAUUUGAAUUGAAAAUACAAGGAGGAUUGCUUUACAUUUGAAUUCUUUGGCAAGGAAGUACAUCCACAGUAAUUAUAAAUGGAUAGGUGCUUCUGAAAAAAUAAUAGAAAGUCUAAGAAAAUCAUUGCAAGUCUUAGAUCAGACAUUUUUCAUUACUAAUGCUUAAAACAAUCUAAUCUCAUCAGUCUUAUCAUUUGGCCAAAAGCAUAUUCAAGUCUCCUUUAAAAGAAACAUCAUCCCUUGGAGAAUGUAAUUUGGCUUGUUUAUAUACUAAGCAUUUUCUCAG